UCUUGGCCGUGGCGGUGCGCGCGAAGAGAGUGAAACCGAAGCAACGGUUGCUCGAAGAUUCAGUAAUCAAGUCGAUGAAAUGAUAACAAAAGCUGAUGAGUUGGAGCAAAGAGUGCAAGAGUUGUCCGAUUUCUACAAGUACAAGAAGAAACCCAAGAACCUCAAAUGGAUUUCUUCAUGUUUGAAGGAUAAGGCUGAUGAGGUUCGAAGACAAGCUGGGUGCUCCAGGAGAAUGCAAGAGGUUAUGAGCCAGUUUGGCACUAUUUUGAAGGAGCUCUCAGCACACGAAUGGGCGGAGCCAUUUUUGGAACCUGUAGAAGUUGAACGUCUUGGCCUUGAUGAUUACUAUGAGAUUAUUAAGAGGCCCAUGGACUUCUCUACAAUCCGGAAAAAGAUGGAGGCCAAUUUAUAUAAGAAUGUCAGAGAGAUAUAUGCUGAUGUCAGAUUAGUUUUCUCAAAUGCCAUGACUUACAAUGAGGAAAAAAGUGAUAUUCAUGUCAUGGCUAAAACACUGCUGCGAAAAUUUGAAGAGAGAUGGGUUCAUCUGUUAUUUGAAGUUGUUGAAGCUGAAGAAAGACAAAAAUAUGAGGAGGAACAGGCCCUGGCAAAUAUGCUGAUUGCUCAAGAGGCUGCCAUCGCAAAAUUAGCUAGUGAUACAAACAAUGAGCUUAACAAGUUGAAUUUGCAUGUAGAUUGACUUAGGAAUGCAGUUGUAUACUUCAACAGAAAAAUGUCCACAACGGAGAAAAGAAAACUUAGUUCGGGGCUUACCUCUUUAUGUCCCGAAUAUCUUUACAAGGCAUUGGAGAUUAUUGCUCAGGGCAAUCCGAACUUCCAAGAUUCUGCUGAAGUGGUGGACAUUGACAUUGACGCUCAGAGUGAAAUCACAUUAUGGAGGCUGAAGUUCUUGGUGAAGGAGGCACUGGAGAAGCAAACCAAAAAUUCUUCAACCAAAACCAAAAAGCAGUCUGCGAAUGCUGAUGACAUUUCAAAGCGCAAGAAGGUGAUAUCUGAUGCUCUGGCGAGAACAAGGAGGAGCAAAAGACUUUCUCCGCCAUCUUGACCCUGUUUAUAUUUCUACACAGGAACAGGUUCAGUUGCCAAUCGAAAGACCUGUACAUAUUUUGUGAAGGAACAGCAUCUGUUUACGGAACCCUUUGAGCUUAGGCACAUGAUCUGAUAGUAAAGAAAU